AUGGCAGCUUCUUUGGGUGAGUCAUAUGAACGUUUCUCUGUUCGUCUGCCACAUUCCGAUAGUAAGAAAUCGCAAUACCUCGAUGAGUACAUGGAAGUUGGGGAAAAAGACCCCAAAACAGGAGAACUUACGCGGUUUAUCUUUUCAAAAGAAGGAGAGUUUGGUCUAGAAAUCACGCUGAAUGCGGGCUUCAACCAUGGAUAUUAUGAUGGUGUUAUGGUAAAGCUGUCAGAUGUCAAUUCCGGGGAUCUAAUUUGGCAGAAGAAAUACCCAAAGUCCAAUGCGAAGGAGCCAAGUCAGCAAGAUCAGAAAAUUAUGAUUGAUUCUAUUGACCACGCAAUAAUUGACGGAAAAUUGAGGUCUAAAGUUCUCAUGAAAUUAGCACCACCAGUACCAGAAGAUGAUUUUAUCAAGUCUGAAGCUAACGAAACUCAUCGCUACCCUCGUAUGCUAGAAGGAGUCUGUAUCGGUAUAUGCAAGUAUAAGGGAGCUGGCGAUAUUCCAUUGACCAAGGAAGAAUUCGACCUGAAGCUCAAAGAACAUACGUUACAGUUAGAAAGCUAUGCUAGAACUGAUGGUAACGGUUCUUUGGAUACUCUGAAAAGAACUCUUGUUCAUCGUGAAGUUUACCAGAAACAUAAAAUUACACACAAGUUGAGAUUAGUAGAUGGAGUUGCAGUCCCAAACGAAGACAUUGAGGUAUACUUGACCCCUCCAACAAACACUAAAAAGCUUUUCAGGUACAGUGAUACACAGAAUUUCUAUUACUUGUGGCGGGGUGAGAAGUUCUUUGAUACCACGGCUAUAGCCCAGACCCCUAUUGCUCUAAUUCGACAACCCUGGGAUUUUUUAACUCCCAGAGAACGAGAGAAAGCAUAUGGAGAGCUUUCGAAACAUGAUUUCCAGCAAAUUUGGUCUCAUCAGUUUAAAGCACUUGGUCCGAAACCUAACAAAGUAGCUACCGAUGCACUAAAGAAUCAACUUCGUGAAAACCUACCAGAUUAUUGGCGCUCGUGGCAUAAAUUGUACUCGUAUGAAACUUCAAGAGCAUUUAAAAUGUUGCAGGAGAGGCGUCGAUUUCUUGACAGAGGCGAGGUACCAGAAGAUUCAGAACUUAUUGGGAAGUCUGAAGAAGCCCCAUUAAAUUAG